GAACCUUUCCCGUGGGCCACUCCUCCUCGCAUCGCCCCCCUCGACGAUGGCCGCCGCCGCCGCCGCCAUCGCCACGGCGUCGGCGUCGUGGCUUCUCAAGAGGUCUAUAUCCUCCGCUUUCCUUGCGAGGCGCGCGGGCCCUAGCAUCCUGCGUACAGCCCUUAGCUAUUCCUCCUCCGCAUCCGCCUGCCCCAAACCAGCGCCGUCCCUGUCUCCGCCUGACACAUCCGCCAAUGAUGGAGGCGGCGGGAUGAGGUGGGAGUCUGCGCGCAAGAAGAGAGUGGUGCUCCGCAUCGGCUACAUAGGCACCGAAUACCGAGGGCUUCAAAAGCAGCGAGAGCUUGGCGUGGAUUCGACCAUUGAGUCAGUCUUGGAAUCUGCCAUCUUCAAGUCAGGUGGAAUUCUUGAGAGUAAUUAUGGAAAACUGCAAAAGGUUGGGUGGGAGAGGAGUAGCCGAACUGAUAAAGGGGUACACUCACUGGCUACAAUGAUUUCCCUUAAAAUGGAAAUCCCUGAUAGAGCGUGGGAGGAUGAUCCUGAUGGCAUUGCUCUUGCCAGUUUCAUCAACUCAAAUUUGCCGGACAAUGUGAGGGUUUUUAGUAUCUUGCCUGCACAAAGGAGUUUUGAUGUGAGGAGGGAGUGCUUAUACCGUGAGUACUUCUAUCUUCUUCCUGCUGAAGUUAUUGGAAUCAAAGAUGGUUAUAGCCCUGAAGAAAUACAAGAGCACUUGUCAGAAUUCAACAGCAUACUGAAAGGCUUCGAGGGAAACCAUCCAUUUCAUAAUUACACUGCACGUGCCAAGUACAGGAAGGUUCUUGCGGGAAGGCACCCGAGGGCCAAAGGAGCAAGCUUGACGUUGAAGUCCAUGUCCUCUGAAAUGGGUAUGGCAGAAAGCUCUUCUUUAGAAAGCACUUCUUCAGAUGAUGAUGAGGACUUGAAUAUUUCAUCAAUCGACUCUGGUGCAUCAGAAAACAUUUUUGUGAAUGAUAUCCUGAAAUUUUCUGAGAGUCGAGUGCAGAUUCAAGCUAGGUGGCUGCAUGAACCUGAUGAAAGUGAUAGAUUAAAUGCUUCACAUUUCAGAGAUAUCAUUACCUGUUCAUGUGGAGAGUUGCAAACUUCAUCAGGAAUUCAAUUUGUGGAAUUGACCAUAUGUGGGGUAUCUUUCAUGCUACACCAGAUCCGGAAAAUGGUUGGAACUGCCGUGGCAGUGAAGCGUGGAUUACUACCCAAAGAUAUCAUAGAACUGUCUCUUGCAAAGUUUUCUAGAAUCGUUCUACCAAUAGCCCCUUCAGAAGUUCUGAUCCUUAAGGACAAUAGUUUCUGCACAAAGAGCAAGGAAGGGAGAAUCGUACGCCCUGGGAUCCAGUCAAUGAACAAGUCAGCAGCAAUCAGGAAGGGGGUUGAGGAAUUCUACAAGGCAGCUCUUCUGCCAGAAGUAGCGAAAUUCUUGGAUCCUGCUGUGCCACCAUGGAAAGAGUGGGUGGAGAACUUGGACAGGUUUGCUGGCAUAUCAGAUUCGCAGCUGGACGAAGUUAGGGAGGCCUACAGAGCAUGGAAGGCUGAUUAUGACCGCGUGAAAAUGGCUAGAAAGAGUGCUAGCAGUGUCUAAUUUCAUCACAACACUACCUCGGAUGGGCAACUGAACUGAACUGUUCACUGUGAAGAGUGGUGUUUUGCACUUUCAGCCGCUUACUUGUAAUGGACCUGUAGGGUUGGCAAUGUUGCCACCUGUAUGGUGGUUCUGGACGAGGGCAUUUAGUUCAAACCUGAAAUGAUUCCUAGAGAUUUGGAUCUGUAUUGAGGCCCUGGAUGUUGCAAGCAUUUCUGCUCUGCCGAGGCCCGAGGGGUACAAGGUUGAGAGCCACAAAAGGGGUUGGGUGCCCCACUGCAGGACAAUUCACAGGUAUGCAGAAUUUUGCUUUCAUUGCAUUGCAUUGCAGAUUUGAUGAUUAAAGUCAAUCAAGCAAAAAAAACACCUCUAAUAUAUACACUCGUAUGGCUCCGUUGUAAUUCCCUCCAUUUUGUUUUGAGUGGACAAUGAAUAUCAAGCAAGCAGCCAGCGUGCGUGCGUGCGUGCAUUGUUGUUCAGUUGAUGCUACUAGAGGAGUAUAUUUCUGUAUUCACAUGGAGCCAUUUGGAUUUCAA